AUGACGCGCGUCGUGGCCAUCGCGGCAGCCGCAGCACUGAUACUCGGCCUGGUAUCUAGCGUCAUGGGCUUUGCUGCCUCGCCGGGGCCUUUUCUCCCGCGCAUCGACGUUACUCUCCCGCCGCCACCGCCACAGGCCGUCGCCUGGCAGGUGCGGGCUGCGCUCGUGAGCCGCACUGUCGCGGGCUCGUCGCCGCCGCAGGCCCUGGGCCAGCUCUUCCGCACCACCCUCACCGGCGACCUUGACUCGUGGCCGUAUGCACCCGAAGAUCCCACCCAUCUACAGGAGCUCUCGAUCUGGGUCAAUGCCACCUCUGGCAUGCUCGAGAUCUGGACUCUCGCCCUUUUGCCUCACGUCAUUGUCUACUUUGAUCUCGACUCGAACAAGUCGACCGGCUUUGCCUACCACGGCAUGCCCAUCGGCGCCGACUUUCGCCUCGACAUCACCGACGCCGGCGCCACAGCCUCGCUCUUCAACCCGGACUAUCUGAGAUCAACAGGGACGCCGACCUCAGCCGCCGCCUUUCCGCCCACCGGCGACAGCCUGUUUCCCGUCGCCGUCUCCGAGCUCGCGCCGGGCGUUGUGGCGCUCCACACUGAACUCCCGCUCGCCCUCCUCUAUGGCUACAUCCCGCCCGCCUCGCCGCGCGCUGCCCUCCCGCUCGCUCUCUACGCGGCAGCUCCGGCCUUUGACCUUGUCGCCACUCUGACCUUUGACACCCUCCCCACCCCGGGCUACGACGUCUCGUCGCCGAUGUACAUCUCGUUCGGGCCGGGCAGGACUGCCCGCCUGCCUGCCUCGCCGCCACCGCCGUCCCCGCUGCAACUCGGCGUCCCCGAGCUGCAGCUUGUCAACGAUGCCAGCUACGCCCUCGUUCUGCUGUGGGAGGACGCCGGUGGCAACCUCGCCCUUUACGACCCGCUCGCCGAGCCGCUGGUGGUUACCCUGCCCCGAGCUCAUGUCCGGACAGAAGUCACGCCCCUCCCGCCGGUCAUCCCCGCAGGAGCCUCGCUCAUCGUCCUUCGCUCAGACGCCAACUACGUUCUCUCGCCGCACGACCGCAGCCCGGGCAGCGUCGCCGUCAUCCUCUCGUCGGCGAUGGGCGAGGCCGAUGGCGGGCGAACCAUCGAGCACCUCGACAAUGACCCAUUGCUCGCCCCCAUCACGCCGUACUACUACACCGCGUACAUUGUGACCGCGUCCGGCGACUACGUCGCCUCCAACUACGUCGCCCGCGACCGGUCCAUCGGCUCGAUCGUCCGCGGCCCCAUCCCGGGCAUAUCGCCAGACUCGGACUACCUCGUCUUCUUCUCAGCCUGGACCGAAGACAACAUUCGGACCGCGGAAAAGUACGACCUCGUCAUCUGCCACCCAGGUGGUGGCUCGGCGCUCAUCACCGCCGCCCAGGUCCGCGACAUCCGUGACGGGCCCGACAACAUCCUCGGCAACGCCGACGACACCAUUGUCAUCGGCUACAUCUCGGUCGGGGAAGAUUACGGCGAGCGCGGCGAUGGAUCCGGGAUCAACAACCCGCGCAACACCUCGCUCCGCGCCGGCCUUAACACCGGCACCGGCCCGCUCACCUACGACUACACCACCGGUGAAGCGGUGUACACCAACAAUGGCUAUCCCUCGUUCUACGUCGACAUGGUCGGCUCGUACUCGGAUGCCGGCGGCUCGUUCAUCGACUUUAUCCCCGAUGGCAAGCCCGACCAGAACACCGAGUGGGGCGGGCUGUACGUCAAUCCAGGCGAUCCGCUAUGGUUCACCUUUCUCAAGGAGGCCUCGUACGUCUCGGUCGGCACCGCCGGACUCGACUACAUCCUUGCCGAGCUCGGCAUGGACGGCCUCUUCCUCGACACGCUCGGCGUCACUGCCCCAUGGUCGUUCUGGCAGCCACCGUCCACAACGUCCGACUACUACUGGCUCCGCCACGGCGGCCUCGAUCUCAUUGCCCGCCUCGCCUACGAGUACCCGGACGCGGUGCUCAUCGGUAACCGCCCGCUCCACUUUGCCUUUCCCGAGUUUGCCGGCUCGCGCUACGACGACUUUCGUUCGUACCUCAACGGCGUCUACUGGGAGUCGUGGGCCGCCGACAUGAACUUUUGGUGGUCCGAGGCCUCGGGCCGCGUCUUCAAUGACCAACUCGUUGCUGCCCAGGACAACGCCGAUGGCCGUGGUUUUACAACCCUCGUCCUCGACUACUGGGCCGUCAUGUUUGCCGCCCGUGAGUCGGGCGAGGCCCAGGGCGCACCCUGGUACGAGACGCCGCUGGAGUACGUCGCUGCCACCGAGUCGCUCGAUUUCCCCACCCACAUUGCGCCCUCGCGCUCGCUCGCUGAAAUCGACGACGUUGUCUACAACAUCCACCAUCCCGAGGUCUACGGUGGCGCUCCGGACAUUGCCGUUGUCUCGAUCAUCCCCGUCUUUCAGCGCUCGCUUGCCGACGCCGCCUCCGAGCCCAUCCCGCACGCCACCCUCGUCAACGUCACCCUUGUCAACCGCGGCACGCCGCCGGCAUCUCCGGCCGAUCCGUUCAAGGGUACGCUCACUGUAGUCCACAACGGAGUCGAGCACUCACAGCACCAGGUCGCCUUUACCAGCGGCUACUAUCUGCCUGGUUCGCGCGUUGUGGUCCAGGUCUCCAUCCCACUCAACACCACCGGUGCUGUCAUCGGCAACCACGUGUUUGUCGACGUGGUGCUUGAUGCCUCGGCACCGGCUGAGCAUGCCACCGCCAACAACCACGAAGACGUCCUGCUCGAGUCGUUCUUUUACGUCGUUCCGUCGCACGUGUACAGGCAUGAUCCGCCGCCAGACUUUGCUGUUGCGGGCCUCGCCAUCGAUCCGCCCGAGCCGGCCACCGGGAGCCGUGGCAUCGGGCAGUCGUCGCGUGCCUUUGUCUGGUCGUCGUUUGCUCUCGCGCAGGUAGGCAACAUCGAGACGCCGUUCCUCCUUCCGGGCACACAAACAUCCGUUGCCUUCACACAUCCGCCCAUUCCGCGGGCCGGCGAGUUCUCGCUCGCCGUUACCCUUGAUGCCGUUCUCGCCGUCCCCGAGGCUGAUGAGACCAACAACGAGGCGAGCCUGGCCCAGGUUGUUGUUGUCCAGCCGCCGACCCGCCUGGCACUCCCGGUGCCGGCGCUGACCACGACGGCGUCGGCCGCGACAAGCGUCUCGCAUCUGCCGGCCGUUCUCGACUCUAACGCCGUCGACAUUGUGGUUUUUCCGCUGCAGCCUCCACCGAUCGCUCGCGCUUUUGCUGACUUCUUCUUGUUUAUCAACGCCGAUGAUGACGUGGCCACUGGGUACCUCAGCGGGUUUGACUUUCUCGUGCUCAACAGAAAGCUCUUCCGCCACGACUCGGCAGCAGGUCCCGGAUGGGGCUGGAUCAAUGUCGACAUUGCUCCCCAUGACACGUCGGUCGAGCUCACGCUCGCAUACCGCGACUCGUCUCGCCGCGCCCUGGAUCUGGUGAUCUCGACCUCGCUCCUGUUUGAUGACCAUCCGCUUGUCCUCUACGUCUACGCAACUCUCUCGCCACAUACCCUUGCCGGCGAUGGAAUUCCAGACAGUUCGCCGUCAGAUGUGACGAGCGGCGGGCGCGGACUUCCGCUGCGUCUCGGCUCGCCGUCGGCCUCGUCACUUCACAGUGGGUUUUCCGCAGCCCAUGUUGCCGCUGUCUCGUCCGAUGGCCGCGCCGCGCUGCUGGUCGACACGUCACCCACCAAGGUCUUUCUUCGGUACGACUCGGUCGCCACUGCAGGUGUCCUCCUUAACGUCAUGUCAGACCUCGCUGUAGUCCUCGCAUCCAGCGGACCAACGCCGGGUGUUGCGGUCUUUGACGGACAAAUAUGGAUCUACGCCGGGGUCAACGGAAGUGAUGCGACGACGGCAUCGCCACCAGGCAUCCGUGCCGCCCUUGGCAUCGACCACAGCUGGCCGAUGUGGAGAACAGGGCCAGCCGACGCCGUCACCAUUGCCCAGUCGUACGCCACGGGCAUCCUAGAGCUGGCGCUUGACGCGAGCGCAGUAGCCGAUGCCGGCCUGUCGCUCCCGCCGACAGAGGCCGCGCCGCUCCUUGCCAAGAUGGUGUUUGAGGCCGGUGCUCGGAACGCCGCGGAUGCGGCCUGGCUCCCGGGACAAUCAGCGCCUACAGGCAGCUCGGCCUUUGCUGCGAUUCCCAACUGCGUUGAUGGCCUGCGUGGGCCGGGCGAAGCCGGGCCCGACUGCGGCGGAGGCUGCCGCGCCCAGUGCGAGUACGCACUCGACUGUUUCAACGGCCUCCAUGAUGCCAGCGAGGAGGCCAUCGACUGCGGAGGUAUUUGCGGUUGGCCGUGUGUUCCCGCAGCUCCAGGAUAUCCAGACUGGGAUGCUGCACCACGUCCGCCCGCUGCGGUGGCGCGGUACACGUUUGAGCGCACACCCGGCGUCGAUGCCGGAGGUGACGUCACCUCGGCCACGCUGUCGCUUGGCAAGCACGCGGCGGUGGUCCGGCUGCGUGCCGAUGGGGCCGACGCUGACUAUCUGCUGCGACCGACGGCGUACGGAGGAACCGUGAUUGUCUUUGUUGGGCUGGUCGGCGUCGACGGCUUCUCCACCGUUGGCGGGCCGGGCUUUGCCGCCACCAUGGCCUUUAUCAACUCAGAGCCGUUCUUCUACGAUGGCUCGGGCACCGAGUGGGCGUGGACACGAGUCGCGGACAGUGAGCAGAUCUCGCGGGCGGUCCUCGCCCCGAUAUCGGCUGGCGUCGACUUUAUUAUUUCGCGCCGCGAUCUCAGCCGUGCUGCGGCUGAGCAAGGCGUCCUUGCCGACGAGCUGGUGGUUCAUGUUGCCAUCACCACAUCGGGCGGCGAAAAGGCCGUUCCUGACGCCACCUCGUUCAUGACAAUCGAAGCGCCCGGGCAUGACUAUGCGCGGCUCCGUUACACGUCGUCGCGGACAUCGACGGCGGCUUUGCUCACGACUCACGGCCCGCGUGUGGCUGGCGGCUUUUCCGGAGCGCACGAGAGCAUAUUCUUUGCGCCUGGGGCGCCAACUGUGCCUUCAGCGGGCUAUGAGGUGGUGCCGGGCGUGUAUGCGGUGGCACUCAUCUACGAUGGUGUUGGAUAUGUGUACGAUGGGCUCGACCGGUCGUCCGAGUGGAAGUGGCGUCGGUUGGCUGCCUCGAUGUACGCCCACGCGCAGUCGGAGUUCCACACUGAGGUCUCUAUUGCGCACCUAGUCUGGUCUGGAGUUAUUCCGGCGGCAACGCACAUGGAGAUUUACGCCGAGCUGCGGUCGGAUCGCGGGACGAUUGGCAACCUGUAUGACGAUGUCAAGGACCGUGUGCCUGAUGUUGGGCCACUGCCACCGCCAUCACCACCGACAAGCCCUCCGCCGACCUCGCCGCCCGAUAUCGUCACGCCAGUAGUGCGGCUCGGCAUCGAUGGCAACGCUGGCGACUGGGCGCCGCUCAUGUCGGGCAGCCCAGCGCCGCCAGUUCAAGUUGCUGUUGCUCAUGACGUGGUUGGCGACCUGCAGCCGGCGCUGGGUCCAUCGGCAGCUCGGCACUUUGCGAGCCGUGUCGCUGAUCCACGCGACGAUCUGCGCGAGGUCCUUGCAGCAUCAGACGACUCUGUUGUGGCCGUCUUUGCCUCGACGCACGCGGCGACCGGAACCGUGCCGUCGUCGACAUCCAGGUUCCAGAUCUUUUUUGCCAGCCGUGGCAGCCCACGGGCAGGAUACGCGCUCUCAGACGGCUACGUUGCUCUUGCGCUCAUCGACCGUGGCAUCGGAUACGUUUACUCGGGCGCGAGUGUGUCGAGUGUUUGGUCGUGGAUGCCGCUGCAGGACCCGUCGCUGCUGUUUUCGUUUGUCUCGCGCGGCAACGGGCUGGAGGCGUUUAUGACUCGACGGGUCUGGUCGCACCUUCUUGUUGCUGGCGAUGAGAGCGUCGAGCCUGUUGUCGGUCUCGUUGACGAUGCCACUGGCCUGGCUGACUAUGCACCAGACCUGAACGGGCUUGGAAGCGUCACCGCCGCCGCCACUUGUUUCCCCGCCGCCGCCGUUGGGCGGUACUGA